AUGUUUCGGCCCCAACGGCCUAAGCCAAAGCUGACUCGUAUCAUCGUCCGCAUCGAGCGGCUGAAACCCCUCAUCGCCCAUGCCGAGGGUAUUAUUCCUCGUCCCCCGCGAUUUGGGGUGACUCUUGGAGGCGCUGUGGCUGUGACUGUUCGAGGGACGCAUCAUGGGCACGGAGGCGAGGAUCACGGCGAGGCAGGGCUCGAUGCCGCUGAAGAUGUUGGCCAUGGGCAUGGUUAUAUCCGGUCAGUACCCUAUAAAGAAGGGAUGCAGGGUGCUGGGGUCGUACACUGCACCGAGCCCGAAGACCGCGAUCAGCGUGACCUUCUUGUACGUCGCCAUUUGCAGUCUCGAGAGACUGGGCAUCGGGAGCGUGAGGACCACGACGUCGGUGACGAGGUUGAUGACCCCCGUGACGGUGAACGAGGUGACCUGGUCGCCGCAGUGGCCGGUGGGGAUGGUUUUAUCCCAGUUGUACGCGAAGGGCUGGCAGAUGAGGCAUCCUGCGAGAAUGGUGGCUAUGGCCCAGGCGACGAUCACAGCCAUUGUGGCGUAGGACGAGACGACGAGCCAGCGCACGGGGAAGAUGCGCAGGUACAGGAAGAGGAUGCUGAUUUUCGUGCACAUGAGGCUGAGCACCCACAGGAACUGCAGUGGGAUGAUGAGCUUCGACAUGAUGGUGACCGGCUCGGUGCCGUAUCUGGGAUUCGACACGAUCGCGGUGACGUGGUCGUAGCCGAUGCCUGCUUGGAAGACGCCGGUGAUGCUGAUGCAUUGGAGGCCGAUGGAGAAUGCCUGGAGUCCACUUCUUAUGCGCGAUCUUGUGCGCCACCAAGCGGAGCACGACCGCCACAAUGGCGAGAAUUGAGAAAGCGAACGAGCACCCCAGCACCGAGCGCUGGUUGUGCGUUUCGAUGGGGAAGAUGGCGACCAUGUUGGGUUGACUGGCUCCGAGAAACGAGCGGAAGGGGGAGCAGUGAACGGCUGGGGAAUCGUCAGGAGAGCAGGGUACUUAAGAGAGCACCCCUGCAGGUUCUCUUACCUCGGGCGAGCAGCGACUCCAGUCGGGCCUCGACUAACGGAAAGGAUCUCGUCCUUUUGCAACGCAGUGGCCAGUUUGCCCCAAAGGAUCGGGGAGUGGACUCACCAGGAGAUGAGAUGAGGCCCGCUUUUCCCGUCGCGAGUCUAGUCGACUCUUGA